AUGAAUAAUUUACUUUCAAAUAAAUAAUAUGGGAAUGGGUUCUCUCUACUAAGAAAAGUAGAUAUGUUUGGAGUACCUAUAUAAAUAAACUUUAAUUAUGAAAAUAAACAUACUACAAAGUUUGGAGGCAUUAUGUCCCUUGCAAUUGUUGCUCUGCUUUUAACAUUAUUAAUAAAUUUACUAAUUUCGAUUAUUAAUAAAAGUAAUCCUCAGGUAUUGUAAGAACAGUUAAUCGUAGAAAAUCCUUCUAGGUACGAUUUAAAUAAUUAAAAUUUUAAUUUUGCUAUCACUUUAUUGGAUGAAAAUUACUCUCCAUUUAUUGAUGAAAGCUAUUAUACAAUAACUGCUAAUUUUUUGUAUAAGUAAAACCAAACAUUAGCAAAUGGGACAAUUAUAUAGCAGUUUUAAAGUAAAAAUAUAGAUCUAGUUAGUUGUAAUCCAUCUUCUUUCUAAGUUUAAGGAACUUCUUAAUUCUUUAUGAGCUAAGACUAUAACAAUCUGUAUUGUAUCAAAGAUAUAAAUUAGCUGUACAUAGUGGGAUAAUUUGAUCAGCCAGAUUUUUCAGUUAUCUAAUAUUUUGUAUCCUAAUGCAGUGGUGUUAAUUGCCAAAACUAAACUGAAAUUCAAAGAAAGUUAUCUGUGAGUCAACUAUAGAUUUAUUAUUCGAACUAUGCAGUAAGGCUUUCGAAUUUAAGCGAACCAUUUUAGCCACUAGGAUAAAGCUUAUUUUGGUAAACUAGCUUAAAGAGUGCAUAAGUUAUUGAUAUAACUUAUAUGAAUACUUAUGUUACUGACGAUCUAGGUCUUAUAUCUAACAACUAUGUAACUCAGUCUAAAUUAUUGUAUUCAAAUAAUAGAGUUACAUUUAGUUCUAGUGCUACCUCUUAUUUUUAUUAAUUAAGUAUUUUCAUGGAAAAAAACAAAGAAAUGCAAUAUAGGCGUUCUUAUAUGAAACUAACAUAAGCUAUUUCUCAGGUAGGUGGUAUUUAUAAUGUCUUGUUUUUAAUAGGAUGCUUGAUAGCUUAGCCAUAUUCUUAUCUUGAAUUACAAAGAAAAAUUGUUAACUCAACCUUUUCAUUUUCUUCAUAAUACUUAAAUCAAGACAAUAAAUAAAAAAAGAAAGACUCAAAAAAUAAGAAGGAUAAAGGAAAGCAGUAAAAAGGUACAGAUAAAUAAAAAGUAAAUGGUACCCAAAAAGAAUAAGAAGGUUAAGAAAGCAAUAGAACUACAAAUAAUAAUUAGCAAAAUAAUUUAAAUGAAACUUUUUAAAAUAAAGACUAUAUUAUAGAAGAUAAUCAAUAAAGAAAUAGUAAUACUGAGAGACCAGUUUUAGACAAAUCUAAAAAUUCGGACUAAAUGAGUCGCUUAGAGGUAUAAAAGAGUAAUAUAAUCAGUACUGCUUACACAGAAUUUAAAGUUCGUAGCGUAGAAUAUUUUAAAUACUAUCUUUAGUGCUUUAAAUGUUUUAAAAGUGACAUCUAAUUGAUACUCAGUUUUGGGACUAAAAAGAUUUAUGAAUUUACAGAUAUUUGUUAUAUUGUUAAUAAGUUAAUUGAAGUAGAGAAGAUAAAACAUCUAAUUCUGAAUGAUCAGUAACUCAAAUUAUUUGAAUAUGUACCAAAGCCUAAAAUAACUAAAUCUAUUAUUGAUGGCUACAGGUAAGCAAAAUAAAAUGAGAGAUUAUUAUAUAAGGCUAUAAAGUCAAAGCAAACAGUCUAAUUAGAUUAAUUAGACAGUAAAUUAAGAAGGGAUUCAGCAAAUUAGUAACUUAACAUUUUGACAAUUAUGAAUAGGAGCUAAUUAGAUAAAGCUCGUGAAGCACAACGUGCAUAUAAUUACAUUUAUAAAAAUUAAAAAAAGCUAUCCAAGAUAGAUAAAAAGCUGCUUUUAUUGUUAGAUGAACAACACAUACCUCUCUUUGACUCAAAUUCUUUUGACAGCUCUAUGAUUGGGAAAUACAAUAAUAAUAUAUUACAACAAAAUAAUUAAUAAUCUGAAUCAUUAGGUUCACCUUAAUAGACAAAUAAAAAUUUUAUUCCUGAUUACACUUUGGAUCAAUCAUAAAUACUAAAAAAGAGUGUUUACUAUGUAGAAUAAAAGUCUAAAAAUUAAGAAAUUAUGGAUGAAAUUCAAAAAGAAGAACAAGAAUAAUAAACUUAAAAUCAUAACAAAAUUACAGAUAAAACAACUAACGCAGCUAUUCCUAUAGAAGAUAUUAGUAUGAGCUGUCAUUCACAUAUAAAUAAUGAUCCUUACCAAAUGUCUGUAAUUGGUGCAUCUCCAGCUCUAUAAAUUAAUGACGAUGAUAUUCCAUUUCACUUUAGAAACAUAUCCUCAAAUGAUAUUUGCCAGCAAAACUAAAACGAAUGA